AUGGUUGUAACUAGGAAAACUCCCAAGAAAGCAACUACCCGAAGUGUAACAAGGGCAGCAAAGCAAGAAAAGGCAGCCGCUGAAGCAGCAGCUACUACAAAAGUAGAUUAUAAUGUUACAUAUUCAUCAGGAGUAGAAGCGGAUGGAGAUGUUAUUAUGACACCUCAAGUUGAAUUUGCUCCAUUAAAUCUUAAUACUGUUAUUAAAAGAUUUAAGAAUCCACAUUAUCGACCACCAAGAAAAUUUAAAAAUGUUAAACAAAUGUUGGUUGCUGAAAGAAGGGAGAAUAUGCCUCUAGACAUACCGACAUAUUCAAAUAUAGAGGCACCACCUUCAAUAAUACCACAAAAAAAAUAUUGUGAUAUUACAGGAUUGGAGGCAAAAUAUACGGAUCCAAAGACCCGACUUAGAUAUCAUUCUGCUGAGGUUUAUAAAGAAAUCAAACAAUUGGCUCCAGGUGUUGUUCAGGAUUAUCUUGGAUUAAGGCAUGCAGCAGUUGUAUUAAGAUAA